GGUAGAGGAAUGGUCUCAGCAUUUUUGGAACAUGCAGGACCAGGACACUGCUCAGUCUCAGUUGAGAAGGUGCCUGCCUCAGAGGGACUGGGAGUGUGGGGUUCCAUUGCCCUGCUGAGGAAAAGUGAGGAACCCUGGGACUGGGUUUACCUGCCCAGCAGCUCCACUGCUUAAAGUUGCCUGCGUUUUGUCCCCCAACUCCUCAUACCAUGUCCCUCGGCUGAGUGGGCUUGAGGCACUGGCGUGAGAGUGUUGCUUGGCAACAAGGUUUUGCGGUGCCAGUUUCUCAAAGAGUCAACCCAUCAAUCCCCAGCCUCCCCCUCGGCUGUCCGGCAGAGCCUCCUGUUAGACGGUUGGGUGUGUGGCAGAGGGAGGGACCAGAGACGGGCGAAGUUUAAUCAUUGAACCGAGCAGCUGGGAGUAUUUAGUUCUUAGCACCCAGCUCCCCAGCCUGAACGAGAGGUGUGCGGCGCUCCACAGAGGGAGAGCAGCGGCGACAACGACGGAAAUCUCUGCCCGUCUCAGGAACAACCCAGCUCGGAAACAUGUUUGCAGUCCACUUGAUGGCGUUUUACUUCAGCAAGCUGAAGGAGGAUCAGAUCAAGAAGGUGGACAGAUUCCUGUAUCACAUGCGGCUCUCAGACGAGACCCUCGUGGACAUCAUGACCCGGUUCCAGGCUGAGAUGGAGAAAGGCCUGGGGAAGGAUACCAACCCCACCGCAUCAGUGAAGAUGCUGCCCACGUUUGUCAGGGCCAUCCCAGAUGGCUCAGAAAACGGGGAAUUCCUUUCCCUGGAUCUUGGAGGAUCCAAGUUUCGGGUCUUGAAGGUGCAAGUCUCUCAAGAGGGAAAGCAGAAUGUCCAAAUGGAGAGUCAGUUCUACCCAACGCCUAAUGAGAUCAUCCGCGGGAACGGCACGGAGCUCUUUGAUUACGUGGCUGACUGCCUGGCAGAUUUCAUGAAAACCAAAGACCUGACGCAGAAGAAGUUGCCUCUGGGCUUUACUUUUUCUUUUCCCUGCAGACAGACGAAGUUGGAGGAGGGCUUCCUGCUUUCAUGGACCAAGAAGUUCAAGGCCCGGGGAGUUCAGGACACAGACGUGGUGGGCCGCCUUGCCAAGGCCAUGAAAAAGCACAAGGACCUGGACGUGGACAUCCUGGCCUUGGUUAAUGACACUGUGGGGACCAUGAUGACUUGUGCUUACGAUGAUCCCAGCUGUGAAGUCGGCGUUAUCAUUGGAACAGGCACCAAUGCGUGUUACAUGGAGGACAUGAGCAACAUUGACCUGGUGGAAGGGGACGAGGGAAGGAUGUGCAUCAACACCGAGUGGGGGGCCUUCGGGGACGACGGGGCUUUGGAGGACAUCCGCACCGAGUUUGACAGAGAGCUGGACCUUGGGUCACUCAACCCUGGGAAGCAACUGUUCGAGAAGAUGAUCAGUGGCCUGUACAUGGGGGAGCUGGUUAGGCUCAUCUUACUGAAGAUGGCCAAAGUCGGUCUCCUGUUUGGGGGUGCAAAAUCCUCCGCUCUCCAUACAAAGGGCAAGAUCGAAACACAGCACGUGGCUGCCAUGGAGAAGUAUAAAGAAGGCCUGGCCAAUACGAGAGAGAUCCUGGUGAAUUUGGGCCUGGACCCCUCCGAGUCAGACUGCAUCGCGGUCCAGCACGUGUGCACCAUCGUCUCCUUCCGCUCGGCCAAUCUCUGUGCGGCUGCGCUGGCAGCCAUCUUGACACGCCUCCGAGAGAAUAAGAAGCUGGCCCGGCUCCGCACCACAGUGGGCAUGGACGGAACCGUCUACAAAAUCCACCCUCAGUACCCCAAACGCCUGCACAAGGUGGUGAGGAGACUGGUCCCCAACUGCGACGUCCGCUUCCUCCUGUCAGAGAGCGGCAGCACCAAGGGGGCCGCCAUGGUGACCGCCGUGGCCUGUCGGGUGCAGGCCCAGCGCAAGCAGAUCGACAAGGUGCUGGCUCUGUUCCAGCUGACCCGGGAGCAGCUCGUGGGUGUGCGGGACAAGAUGCGGACUGAACUAGAGUACGGGCUGAAGAAACAGACUCACGCCCUGGCCACGGUGAAGAUGCUCCCCACCUAUGUCUAUGGCAUGCCUGAUGGCACAGAGAAAGGGAAGUUUCUUGCCCUGGAUCUGGGGGGGACUAACUUCCGAGUUCUCCUGGUGAAGAUCAGAAGCGGACGGAGGUCGGUGCGAAUGUACAACAAGAUCUUUGCCAUCCCCCUGGAGAUCAUGCAGGGCACUGGUGAGGAGCUCUUCGACCACAUCGUGCAGUGCAUUGCGGACUUCCUGGACUACAUGGGCCUCAAGGGGGCCCGGCUGCCUCUGGGCUUCACCUUCUCCUUUCCCUGCAGACAGACAUGCAUUGACAAGGGGACUCUAGUAGGGUGGACCAAAGGCUUCAAGGCCACCGACUGUGAAGGGGAGGACGUGGUGGACAUGCUCAGAGAAGCCAUCAAGAGGAGAAACGAGUUUGACCUGGACAUAGUGGCCAUCGUGAACGACACGGUGGGAACCAUGAUGACAUGCGGCUAUGAAGAUCCCAAUUGUGAGAUUGGCUUGAUUGCAGGGACUGGGAGCAACGUGUGCUACAUGGAGGAGAUGAGGAACAUUGAGCUGGUGGAGGGGGAUGAAGGGCGGAUGUGCAUCAACACCGAGUGGGGAGGAUUUGGAGAUAAUGGCUGCCUAGACGACAUCUGCACCCAGUAUGACAAGGAGGUGGAUGAGGGCUCCUUGAACUCUGGCAAGCAGAGAUAUGAGAAAAUGACCAGUGGGAUGUACCUGGGGGAGAUUGUGAGGCAGAUCCUGAUUGACCUCACCCGGCAGGGGCUGCUCUUGCGAGGGCAGAUUUCAGAGAGACUCCGGACCAGGGGUAUCUUUGAAACCAAAUUCCUGUCCCAGAUCGAAAGUGACCGGCUGGCCCUGCUGCAGGUCAGGAGGAUCCUGCAGCAGCUGGGCCUGGACAGCACCUGUGAAGACAGCAUCGUGGUGAAGGAGGUGUGUGGGGCCGUGUCUCGGAGGGCCGCCCAGCUCUGCGGCGCAGGCAUGGCCGCCAUCGUGGAGAAGAGGAGACAAGACCAGGGGCUCGAGCACUUCAAGGUCACCGUGGGUGUGGACGGGACGCUGUACAAGCUGCACCCGCACUUCUCCCGGAUACUGCAGGAGACGGUGCGAGAGCUGGCCCCUCGGUGUGACGUGACGUUCAUGCUGUCGGAAGACGGCAGCGGGAAGGGAGCCGCGCUGAUCACCGCUGUGGCCAAGAGGUUACAGCAGCAGAGGAAGGAAAACUAGGUGGGCCUGUCCAGGGGCCACCAGAUGUGACCUCCUGGCUGACCCUCCCCUCUCCAGGGCCGAAAGGGAACCGGAGUUCUCAGCAUCCUUCGCGUCCUGGUGCUGGCUUCUUGGCGACACUCAGCGACACCUCCAUUUGCCGUACUUUGGCCAAAGAUGGGCUGACUUUUGACAUCAGAGGAUCUGGGCCGAGAUUCUUCAGUUGAGUUGUCAGCAUUCGAUAGCUUCAGGUCUCUCGGCUGCUGGACUCAGAACCUGCCCAGGUGGCUGGCGGCUUACUUCCUCACCGGCCUGAUGCUGCUGCCUCUGGCAGGAGACUGGGCCCGAGACCUGCGGACGAACCCUUGCGAGGGAGAAAGAUGCUUCGUGAACUAGGAGAGCUAGCUUAACACGGCCUCACUUGUCAUGUUGGCUUCACAGGCACCGCGAGAACGAGAUGCACAUUCAUCUCUGCAUGCAGAGGAGCCCAGGGCCCUGGAGCCAGGAGGAAUCUUACCAGAUUCAGGUGCUCCGUGAGCACCCUGGGGUGUCAUUCCCCAGAUGUGGAUUGGAUUGAGGGGUGGGACACCACUCAAGGUGCUGUUUUCCAUUUCCCGUGCUGCAGUGGGUGGCAGUCACUGCUGUCCGUGUUUGUUUCGAGGACCGUUGUUAGGUCCAUGAAACACAGUCUGAGAAUAAAGACACUUGGCUUUCCGGGAAACUUGGUGUGAGGUACUGACCUUUCUUCUGAGAGGCUCGUUGGUAUCUUCAUGUCCUGUCAGGAGAAUAAGGGAGCUGUCGAGUCAGAAGGUUAGUCCGGACGAACAAAAGGGACCACAUGGAACAGAUUCUCCCAAUUUCACGUGACUGAAGUACUUCCAACAACAGGGCAGUGACC